ACAGGGAGCGCCCGAGCGCUGCAGGAGAAGCUGGAGAGCUGGCAGCAGGACUAUGAGAUUAAUUCCUCUGGUGAGAAUCUGAACCGAUGCUGUGAAAUAUUAGAACUGAACACUGAGAUUCAAAAACAGCUCUUCACAAUUCUCAAUGAAACAUCUCAAGAAGAUGGUAAUAAUGAAGGUGCAGAAACAAUAAAAAAACGUCUCUUGCCACAGCUAGGGACUUGUUUUUACUGUGCUACUUCGGGAAAGAGCUUUGAGAACAACCUCUCCAUCACUCAGGAUUCAGUUGGGAGUGAGAUGCAGCUGAGAGAACUGGACACCACACCUGAGACUUGUCCACUGCAAGACCUGGAGGAAAAACUGACUUCAACUCGUCUGCAGAUCAACCAGAUGGAACUGGACACCACACCUGAGACUUGUCCACUGCAAGACCUGGAGGAAAAACUGACUUCAACUCGGCUGCAGAUCAACCAGAUGGAACAAGAUCUGAACACUUCCCGUGCCGAAGAGGAGGAUGCCCUGAAGAAGCUAGAGCGUCUGAAUGACUAUGAGCAGCAAAUUCAAAUGCUGCGGGAUGAGAUUACUAUCCUGGAUGCCCGAAAGUCUGUUCUUCAGAGCAGGCUCGUGCGGAGCCGCUCUCCUUACAGGCGCAGUGGGGCCAAGUCCCAGCGUUCCCUUCGCCCGAAGAGCUGGUCACCUGGCCGAGCCAGGCACAUCAACGCUUCCCGUCGCGCCUGCCUGGUGGCUCGCUUUGGUUUCAUUUAUGCUCAGGAACGCUUCGAUGCGGAGACCCUUUUGAGGACUUACAUCAGUGACGUGGAGAUGGUGCAGAGGAUAAUAUACACUGCAGCUGUGGAGUCUUUUUAUGCAGCAAAGAUGGCCUACUGGAAGUUCAAAAUACAUGUAAAAGAGGCUCUGUCUCUAAGUCACUCGGGGCCUGAGUCACUUGAAGACACUGUGCUGGAUUAUAUAGUUUGCCACAAGGAUGAGUAUGAUGUUCAUGCCAGUGUCAAGGAAGUAAUUCGCUCCAUGAACUUCAACCCAAAGAUUUCAUUUCCACCAGAAAUUGAUUUCAUUGUUCUCAGCACUUUGAUUCAAGAGUUGUGCUGUUUGGCUUUUUCAAUGCAGACACUCAUUCCUCCUCUUGAUGUUGCCUUUGGUAUUGAUGGAGAACUUUUCAAUGAGAACAAGUACUAUCGUAGUCCUGACUCAGAUUUCACAGCUGCCUUUGUGGCCUAUCACGUAUGGCCUGCUCUGGUGGAAGAUGGUGUUGUAAUUGUGAAGGGAGAGGUAGUCACUAAAAGGGUGUCUCUGUGCUUUCGCAGAAGUAAAAUCAGAAGCAGAAGCUGCAGCUGUAGCACCCGUCGUCUCCUAUCUAGUCAUUCGUUUCGAAGCCGCAGUUUUUCACCACUGAGGAGCAGAAGGUGUUAACUGAAUAUGUUCCUGUGGUUCGGUACAUCUGGAUCCAACAACUUCACUGGUGCCUAUUCUCUUCGGGAAUACCUCAAAUCUCUCAAUAAUAUGAAUGGCAAUUGUCAGUUCAAAUGGA